UUUUUUUUGCUGCGGCAUCUUCAUCCUUGCACUUGCAACAACAAUCUCGAAGCACUUCUAGCAGUCAACGCCAACACACCUACACUCUCUACUCAAACAUGACCGCGAUUCGCUUCAACUCAGCAUUCAUCCUCGCCGUCCUGGCUUUCGUCGCUGCAACUGACGCGGCUCCUCUUCCCGUCGAGCAUGGCGAAGGCUCCCUCUUCGCGGCCCGUGCUCCGAAAGGGUUCGGAAAGAACGUCGGCGCUCAAGCAGUUGGUGGUCUCGCUGGAUCUCUCCCUAUGCUGGGCAUGAUGGCUCUGCCAUCCCUGGGUGCUCGCGACAUCGACGAGUCCCUUGAAGCUCGUUCGCCCAAGGGUGGGAGAGGAGGGGGAGGAGGAUUCGGAAAGGAUGUCGCCGCUCAAGCAGUUGGUGGUCUCGCUGGAUCUCUCCCCAUGAUGGGCAUGAUGGGUUUGCCAGCCUUGGGCCUCCGCGACGUCGACGAGUCCCUUGAAGCUCGUUCGCCCAAGGGAGGCAGGGGAGGAGGGGGAGGAGGAUUCGGAAAGGAUGUCGCCGCUCAAGCAGUUGGUGGUCUCGCUGGGUCUCUCCCUAUGAUGGGCAUGAUGGCUAUGCCAUCCUUGGGCCUUCGCGACGUCGAGUCCCUCGAAGCUCGUUCGCCCAGGGGAGGAAGGGGAGGCGGGGGAGGAGGAUUCGGGAAGGAUGUCGCCGCUCAAGCAGUUGGUGGUCUCGCUGGAUCUCUCCCCAUGAUGGGCAUGAUGGCUAUGCCAUCCCUGGGUGCUCGCGACGUUGAAGAGACGUAUCACAUCGACACACUGAUGCAGCGAGGAUUCAAGAUUCCUAACCCCUUCAAGGGCAAGGGCAAGGGCAAGACGGACACACCCACGCCGGGCAAGCCUAACGCGGACACACCGGGCCAGCCCAACCCAGCAGGUGCACCAGAAAAAGGGCCUGGCAUGGGGGCCAGUGUUUUGGGGCAGGCCGCCGGUGGCCUCGCCGGGUCAUUGCCUUUCAUGAUGAUGCCGUCUAUGGGUGGUGGUGGCGAGCAGACCGCACCUGCACCCGCCGCACGUGACGUCCAGAACUCUGCUCAAUGGGAGGACGAGUACGGCCAGCACCUCGACCGUCGCUUGGCAGGAGCGGCUAUUGGUGCCCUCGGCAGAGGUGCAGCGGGCGCUUUCGGAAAGAUGGGCGGAAGCGCUGGAAUGAAGGGCAUCGGCGGUGACUUGGUCGGUGGCCUCGCUGGUUCUGCCCCCAUGAUGUUCAACAACAAGCAGUAGACUGCCGGCUCCUUCGUCUGUGAUAGAUUGUAGUUGAUCAGAUGCAAUAAACGGUGUCAAAGCACACGCU